GAGUGCAGCGAGCAGUGUACACAAGGAUCACAGGCUACAUCUGGGAUUUCGUGAUGAAUGCCUAAUGAGCACAUUGAUUAGACAGGCAGAACUCUUCAAGCCAUUGUAAAUGUAGCUGAAAGAAGUGUGGCUGAUAAGACACUGAAUAACCGCUCGUGUAAAGCUUUCCUUUGGCGUUGCAAUAUUUAAAGCCCAGAAAGAUAAUGGAGAGAAAACUGGACAAUAAAAUGAAAAGGGAACUGUCCUGCUUAGCUACUUUAAACAACAAAAACAUAACCCUGGUGUCUAUUCGUAAGCGGCAGGCAGCUCAUGAUGUGCCUGAACUACUGAUUAUUGGUGAAAAGUCCAAGACAGGAUCUCCGGUAAAAGCAAGCAGUAACUUGCAGAAAGAAGAGAAACUUUUGCAGAGUUACUUCAUGGGAAUGCCAGAAGUCCAUACAGUUGAAAGACAGGCUUUGUCCAACACUGAUUCUCCUCCUGGCUGUGAGCUGGAGCCUACAAUGAAACACAAUUUUGCUUUUGACAACAUGGGCUAUGAGGAGGGCUUUGAAACAGUGCCCUCUCCAUCUUCCCAAGAACAUACCAUGGCAGUCAACAUUGUGGGAAUGACUUGCCAAUCUUGUGUGCAGUCGAUAGAAGGCCGAAUUUCCAAGGUGAAGGGCAUUGUGAGUAUUAAAGUCUCCCUUGAACAGAACAAUGCUGUAAUAAAGUAUCUGCAGUCAGAAAUAAGUCCUGAACAGAUUUGCCAAGAAAUUCAGGAUAUGGGUUUUGAUGCCAACAUAGCAGAAGAGAGACUGACACCAGGGACUGUAAAUUUGUCGUGCUUGAGAGAAGCAGUAGUUAAACUUCGGGUAGAAGGCAUGACAUGCCAGUCCUGUGUCACCAACAUUGAAGGAAAGAUUAGGAAAUUGCAUGGUGUGGCGAAAAUCAAGGUGUCACUUGAUAACCAGGAAGCAAUUAUUGCUUACUAUCCUUACAUCAUUCAGCCUGAUGACCUCAAGAGCCAUAUCAGUAACCUGGGGUAUGACUGCACCAUUAAAAGUAAAUCAGCCCCUUUGAAGCUUGGUGUGCUUGAUCUCGGGCGCCUGCAGAAUGCAAACCCCAGGGAGACACCAGCAAGUCAUGAGAGUGAUGGGGUGGAUCCACCGGUCACCAAGAUGAGUGGCACAGCUACAGUGACUGUACGGAUAGAAGGCAUGCACUGCAAGUCCUGUGUCAGAAACAUUGAAGGAAAUAUAUCAGAUCUUCCCGGCAUACAAAGUAUUAAAGUGUCUUUGGAGCAUAAACGUGCUGUUGUACAGUAUAGCCCAAAUUUAAUUACCCUGUCAGCUCUGCAGCAAGCUAUUGAAUCCCUUCCACCUGGAAACUUUAAAGUACGUCUCAUAAAUGGUUCAGAAGUUAAUAAGGGAGCAUCUCCAUCACCUGCUUUGCUAUGCGAUCUCUUCAGAGAGCCGCUGCAAGACAUGACAUGCACGGCUGUUAUUAGGAUUGAUGGCAUGACCUGCAAUUCCUGUGUACAGUCCAUAGAAGGGACCAUAUCACAGAGACAAGGAGUGCAACAAAUAGCAGUUUCUCUAGCUGACAGAACUGGGAACAUACAUUAUGAUCCAGCUGUCACUAAUGGAGAAGAGUUAAGAGCUGCUAUAGAAGACAUGGGGUUUGAUGCUUCUGUGCUGAAAGAUACCGCCGCUGGAGAAUGUAGGCACCAGCCUGACGCCAGCAAUCCUGCCAUGCAGCCUGGAGCUGCAGAGCCUCCUCGCCAAGGCUGUGCCUCGGAUGCUCUUCCAGACAGUCCUCGCCUUGAUGGGCCAAACCAGGCCAGUGGAGCGACAGCUGAAAAGUGUUUUUUACAAAUCACGGGCAUGACCUGUGCGUCGUGUGUGUCUACCAUUGAAAGAAAUUUGCAGAAAGAAGACGGAAUUGUUUCAGUGUUGGUAGCACUGAUGGCAGGUAAAGCAGAGAUAAAAUACAAGCCAGAAUUCAUACAGCCUCUUGAAAUAGCACAGCUGAUCCAGAAUUUGGGUUUUGAAGCUACCGUCAUAGAAGAUCAUGCAGAAACAGAAGGAAAUGUGGAGCUUCUUAUUACAGGGAUGACUUGUGCUUCUUGUGUUCACAAUAUUGAAUCCAAACUCAUGAGAACAAAUGGCAUAUUCUACGCCUCAGUAGCACUUGCUACGUGCAAAGCUUACAUCCAGUUUGAUCCUGAGAUUACUGGACCUCGAGAUAUUAUAAAAAUAAUUGAGGAAAUUGGCUUUCAUGCUUCCGUGGCUAGAAGAGUUCCAAAUGCACAUAACCUGGAUCAUAAAAAAGAAAUACAGCAGUGGAGGAAAUCUUUCUUGUGCAGCCUACUGUUUGGUAUCCCUGUCUUAAUCCUAAUGAUUUAUAUGCUGAUACCUGACGGUGAGCACCACGGGUCUAUGGUGCUGGAACAGAAUCUCAUUCCUGGAUUAUCUAUUUUAAAUCUUCUCUUCUUUGUCCUGUGCACUUUUGUUCAGUUUCUUGGUGGAUGGUGUUUUUACGUACAAGCUUACAAAUCACUGAAGCACAAGACAGCCAAUAUGGAUGUGCUCAUCGUACUGGCCACAACAAUCGCUUAUGUGUAUUCGUGUGUGAUCCUGAUGGUAGCGAUAAUUGAAAAGGCAGAGAAAAGCCCUGUCACUUUCUUUGACACUCCUCCAAUGCUGUUUGUGUUCAUUGCCCUUGGGAGAUGGCUGGAACACAUAGCAAAGAGUAAGACCUCAGAAGCUCUUGCUAAACUCAUAUCUCUUCAAGCCACAGAAGCCACUGUGGUGACCCUUGGACCUGACCACUCUAUCGUCAGGGAGGAGCAGGUAGCUGUUGAACUGGUUCAAAGGGGUGAUAUUGUAAAGGUAGUUCCUGGUGGAAAGUUCCCAGUGGAUGGAAAGGUCAUUGAAGGCAGUUCUAUGGCAGAUGAGUCUCUCAUUACUGGGGAAGCUAUGCCAGUCACUAAAAAGCCUGGGAGCACAGUGAUUGCUGGUUCUAUAAAUGCACACGGCUCGGUUCUUGUUAAUGCAACUCAUGUUGGUAAUGAUACCACUCUGGCACAAAUCGUGAAAUUGGUGGAAGAAGCUCAAAUGUCAAAGGCACCCAUCCAGCAACUGGCAGAUAAGUUUAGUGGAUAUUUUGUUCCAUUUAUCAUCAUCAUUUCAACAGUCACAUUGAUAGCAUGGAUCACAAUUGGUUUUAUAAAUUUUGAUGUUAUUCAAAAAUAUUUUCCAAAUCAGAACAAACACGUUUCAAAAGCUGAACUAAUACUGAGGUUUGCAUUUCAAACCUCAAUCACUGUGCUGAGCAUUGCAUGCCCCUGUUCUUUAGGCUUGGCUACCCCCACAGCUGUGAUGGUGGGCACAGGAGUUGCUGCGCAGAACGGUAUUCUCAUCAAAGGCGGAAAACCCCUGGAAAUGGCACACAAGAUCAAGACUGUGAUGUUCGAUAAAACUGGGACCAUCACCUGUGGAGUUCCAAAAGUCAUGAGGGUGCUUUUGCUGGGAGACACAGCUGUGCUUUCCCUGAAGAAGGUACUGGCGGUGGUUGGCACUGCAGAAGCCAGCAGCGAGCAUCCUUUAGGAGUGGCAGUUACUAAAUAUUGCAAAGAGGAGCUUGGCACUCAGAGCCUGGGAUACUGCACCGACUUCCAGGCAGUCCCAGGCUGUGGCAUCAGCUGCAAAGUUGGAGGCGUUGAGGCUGUCCUGGGCAUGGCUGAUGAGGGUCUCGAUAAGCUGGAUGCUAACAGGAGCAGGGACAGCAGUGCUCCUCUGGGAGAUAACACGCUGAUCACUCUCCCAGAAUCACACGGUCCAUCAGCUUCUCAUACAUACUUGGUGUUGAUUGGAAAUCGUGAGUGGAUGCGACGCAAUGGCUUGCAUAUUGCAAAUGAUGUAAAUGAUGCAAUGACAGACCAUGAAACGAAAGGACAGACUGCCAUACUAGUGGCUAUAGAUGGUGUGUUGUGCGGAAUGAUUGCAAUAGCAGACACUGUCAAGCAGGAGGCAGCCCUUGCUGUGCACACGCUGAAAAACAUGGGAAUAGAUGUUGUGCUGAUAACGGGGGACAACAGAAAAACUGCAAAAGCCAUUGCUACUCAGGUUGGGAUCAAAAAAGUCUUUGCUGAGGUUCUUCCUUCUCACAAGGUUGCAAAGGUCCAGGAGCUCCAAAAUGGGAGGAGGAAGGUUGCGAUGGUUGGUGAUGGAGUCAAUGAUUCCCCUGCACUAGCCAGGGCUGAUGUUGGAAUUGCAAUUGGAACGGGCACCGAUGUUGCCAUUGAAGCAGCAGAUGUUGUUCUCAUCCGAAACGACUUGCUGGAUGUAGUUGCCAGUAUUCGUUUAUCAAAGAGAACAGUUCGAAGAAUCCGAAUAAAUCUGAUUCUUGCCUUAAUUUAUAAUCUGCUUGGAAUACCCAUAGCAGCAGGUGUGUUCAUGCCUGUUGGCCUCGUGCUUCAGCCUUGGAUGGGAUCAGCUGCAAUGGCAGCUUCUUCUGUGUCUGUUGUGCUCUCUUCCCUGCAGCUGAAAUGUUAUAAGAAGCCAGACACAGAAAGUUAUGAAGCACAAGCUCAAGGCCGCAUGAAGCCACUUACUCCUUCCCAAAUCAGUGUUCAUAUUGGAAUGGAUGAUAGGAGGAGGGAUUCAUCCAGACCGGCUCCUUGGGAUCAGAUUAGCCAAGUGUCUCUCUCUUCCUUGACUUCAGACAAGCUGCCAAGACGUAACGGUUUUGUUGAGGAGGAAGGGGACAAGUGGUCAUUGCUCAUGAAUGGAGGAGAUGAAGAACAGUACAUCUGAAGCACUAUAUUCUUAGUACAGGAGGAAACAUUCCUCCUCACCAGUGAUGGGAGGGACUGACUUAUUUCAUCAGGAGCUUCAAGGUUGUAAGUGAAGUCAUUCCUUCAGCUCACAAAAUUGCAACUCAGCUCGAUGUUGGGUUGUAUGGAUUGUGGAUUUUUUUCAGGUCACCAAUUAUUUC